AUGGGCGAAGUAACAUUUAAUACAAGCGCUUAUGCCAAAAUCAUACUCCACGCUGUAAAAUACUCUCAUUGCGCGGUGAACGGAAUCCUUCUCGCAGAUGGAAGUAAAAUUAAAGAUGGUUCGAAGAGUCCCGAUUUAGAUAUUGUAAAUGCAAUGCCACUUUUCCAUCAUAGCCAUAAUUUAUCACCAAUGGCAGAGGUUGCACUCACACAGAUAGAAAAUUUAGCACAAACAGAAAAUUAUGUGAUAGCAGGAUAUUAUGCUGCUUGUGAAAAUUUUAAUGAUAACACUGUAGAGAAGUGCCCAGGACAAAAAAUUGCUGAGAAAAUUGCUGAAUACUUUCCAUCAGCUUUAUUUGUUGUGGUUGAGAACAAGAAGCUAGUAAAACAUUUAACAUCACCAGCUAUCAAAAUCCAUAGAUAUAAUGAUGGAAAGUGGAAACUGCAAGACAAUAACAAAGUGUCCUUUGAUACACCUUUUGUAUUAGAAACUGUAUCACACCUACUCGAAUGGGAAGGGUACAAGGACCUGGUAGAUUUUGACAACUACCUUGAUGAUAUGACGCAGGACUGGAGCAAUGUUGCUAUUGAGAAAGUUGUGGAGAAAAUUGAUGCAGUUAAUAGAGAUAGUGGAGAAUAA